CAGACGAGUAACCGUCAGGGCCCGCCCCCCCUCUUUCCUUCCUCUUCGCUCUGGCUGGACAGGGAAUUUGGGGUAAGGCCGGGUGGUGCGGGCCCGGAGUCGUGGAGAAUGUUGAACAAUGUCGCCAUUUCCACCACGUCCGCUGAUGAUGCAGCUCACACAAAAGUCGCUUUCGGACGCUCGAGCUCAGCGAAAGGGGUUCGCAGCUUCAGCACACAUUGGCGCUUGCACAUACUGAGGUCAUUGGGAUAUCUCUCGCUCCAAAGCGCCACACCAGGACAAGGUGAAGGAAGAAACCGGCCAAACCCCUGCAUCCAGCAGCAGCAGCCUUGCAACCAUCGAGAAUGGCUGUGGCAGAGGACACGAGGCGUGAAGCCUUCAAUGCGGCCAACGCGGCGCUCGACUACGAUGUCUUGAUUGUGGGCGCUGGACUGAGCGGCAUAUACUCGCUCUACCGGACGAGACAGCUGGGCUUGAGAGUGAGAGUGCUCGAGGCAGGCUCUGGAGAAGGAGGCACAUGGUUCUGGAAUCGCUACCCUGGGGCGCGGUUUGACUCGGAGAGCUACUCGUACAUCUUCUCUUUCUCACAAGAUGUCCUUGAUGAGUGGGACUGGACGGAACACUUCUCGCCACAGGCCGAGACCCUGCGUUACGCACAAUUCCUGACCGACAAGUUCGACCUGCGCAGAGACAUGCAGUUCGAUACACGGAUCCGGUCUGCACAUUUCCAGGAUGACACGAACUCGUGGCUGCUGACGGACAGCGAAGGCCGGACAUACAGCACCCGUUAUCUCGUGACGGCCAUGGGCAUCCUCAACGAAGCCACGCUGCCCAACAUUCCCGGCGUCAACGAUUUUGCCGGAGCCUCGUGGCACACGUCAAGGUGGCCUUCGAGCUACAAGGAGGGCGACCUGGCAGGCAAGCGGGUGGGCAUCAUCGGUACGGGGGCGACGGGGAUCCAGACGAUCCAGGAGAUUGGCAAGACGGCAGGCCACCUGACCGUCUUCCAGCGGACCCCCAACUGGACAGCACCUCUGCGCAACACACGCAUCGACGAGGCCGAGAUGGCAUCGAUCCGGGCGCGCUACCCAACCAUCUUCAAGCAGUGCCUCGACUCGUACGCGUGCUUCAUCCACGCGGGCGACCCGCGCAGCGUCUUCGACAUGACGCCCGAGGAGCGCGAGGCGUGCUGGGAGCACCUGUACGCGCAGCCGGGCUUCACCAAGGUGCUCGCCGUCUCCGGGGACAUCUACACGAACCGCGAGGCCAACCGGCUGUACAGCGACUUCCACGCCAACAAGAUCCGCCAGCGCAUCCGCGACCCGGCGCUGGCCGCCAAGCUGAUCCCGACCAACCACGGCUUCGGCACGCGCCGCGUGCCCCUCGAGAGCGGCUACUACGAGAUCUUCAACCAGCCCAACGUCCGCCUUGUCGACGUCCGCGAGAACCCCAUCCAGCGCAUCACCCAGCGCGGCGUGGAGCUCACAGGCCCCCUUGACCUUGAGGGCGACGAUGGGGCCGGCGGCGGUGGCGGCGGCAGUGAGAUCGAGCUCGACGUGCUCAUCUACGCGACGGGGUUCGACGCCGUCACGGGGUCCUUCCGGGCCGUCGACUUCCGCGGCCGGGGCGGCAAGCGCCUCGCGGACGACACCUGGGUGGACGGGAUCCGGACGUACCUGGGCCUGACGGUGCAGGGCUUCCCCAACAUGUUCAUGAUCAUGGGCCCGCACCAGAUGUUCGGCAACAUCCCGCGCAGCAUCGAGUACGCGGUCGACUGGACGGCCGACGCGCUGGGGUGGGCCGCCGAGCACAACGUCACCACGUUCGAGGCGACGGCCGCGGGCAUGGACAGCUGGACCGAGCACGUGCACGAGUGCGGCAAGGGCCUUCUCGCCAACGAGGUCGACUCGUGGAUGACGGGCGUCAACAAGAACCUCGCGCACAAGCAGAAGCGCUCGAUGACUCGGUACAACGGGCCUGCCCCGGGAUAUCGGCGGCGCUGUGAUGAGGUGAGGGCUCGUGGGUAUACCGACUUUGUCACCUCGUGAUGUGGUUUUGCUUGCAGAGAAGCUAGCGAGGUUGUGUGGAAAUGGUGAGGCGAGGCAGCAGAUGGGAUCGAGUAAGA